AUGCCUUUGAACCUCGCACCGGAAUGGCUUGCCCUGGAAGAGACCCUGGGAUUUCGGCCGUUGGUUACGGGCAACACCAUCGAGCAAAUAAGAGAGAAUAUCUCGAACACGACAAAGAACGCGCCUUUGCAAAAGAACGAACCAGGUCUCGACAUCGGAGCCCAACUAGCUUUGUCCUCGGCCAUUGCUCUACGUUCACAAAACGUCUCCAUCCGCGGCAUCAUUGCUCUAGCUCCUGUGGUAGUUGCUGAGAAGGCGGUACCUCCCGAUAUUCUACCUUCCUACAAGUCGAUGGAAGAAAACAAAGAUGGUGCGAUUAUCGACAAGGCUGUUUUGGACAUUUUCAUGGAUGCCAACGGCCAUGACCCAUAUGACAGCACUUUCUCCGUGCUGCUAUCGCCAUCUUUGGCCACGUUGCCGCGAACCUAUCUUGUCACUUGCGGCGCUGAUGCAGAAAUCACUACGCGGCUCGACACGAUCGAACGACUCCUAAAGAACCUCAGUGAGAAGAUAGAAUCGUACGUUUUCAAUCUGCAGCGAUCCUUCUCAAGAGAUACUAAGACGGAAGCUAGCGAAUCUGACCGACUUCUCGAUUCUCACAGCGGAAAGGCCAUGUCAGAGUCAUCUCGAACUGGAAAUAGUCAGGUCGAGUCCUCUAGCAGGAUCUCUACCACAGGGACAUACACUGGCCUUCCGGCCAACGGCAAUUGUUCCACAGGUUCGGCUUUGACUGGUGCCACGGAAAGCACCGCUGGACAGACAGAUUUCCUCAGGCUGGCGCCGCUGCCUGUUCUUCUGGAGACAGUCGACAUCUACUUUACCUUCUGCCACAAUCAACCCUACUCUUUUUUCCACGAAGGCAAUUUCCGGGAUCGUUUGUCAAGAGGCGAGAUUCCCGACCACUUGCUCUUUGCGGUGUUUUCGAACGCUAUCCGGUUCUCUGGGAAUUCUUUCUUCGAGCAUACCAAGGAACAAGCAGCCACGACCCAUGCCAAUCGCUCAUGGAAUCUAAUCGUUGAGACAUGCUUUGCUGCAAAUCAAAAGGCAGACAUUCGAACAGUGCAGACAAUCACGCUACUUGCAAUAUUUGAUUUUACUGCUGGACCAAGUCGACAUGGCGCUGCAUGGGUCAAAAUUGGCAUGGCAGUGCGCAUUGCUCAAGACUUGCGCUUCAUGAUCGAGCCAGGUAACCACAUACCUUUUGACGAAGCCGAAGAACGUCGAAGAACUUUCUGGUCGCUAUAUCUCUUGGAUCGCCUGGUGUCUUGUGGCCGAGGACGUCCCCCUGCUAUCUUGAAUGCUUCGUGUCAGUUACAGCUCCCCGUUGACGAGGCGACAUGGAGGGACAAAAAAUGGAAAGAGACAUCGAAGCUUGAGCAAUUAUCCAACGGCGCGCAUUCGAACUCUGCGCAGCACAGCCCAUUCGCUCAUGUUAUCCUGAUAGCAUACAUUCUCGGACGCGCCGCCCAGUACAUGCUGCAGGAGUUUGGUGUCAACCGACACCCACCCUGGGACUCCAGCUCUGAGUUUGCCGCCAUCGGCUCCGAUCUCUCAUAUCUGGAGACGCAAAUGGAGAUGCACAAGCCCCUGGAGGAUAUGCUCGGACCAUAUCGCAAUUCUGCUGGUGUCGUGGAUCAGGCCAAUGCCGGCCCCAUAGUCUUUGCCCGAGCAUUGUUCCACCUGUGUAACUGUCUGCUGAACCAUCCAUUCCUGCUGAGACGCAAGAUUGCAUCAUGUAACAGGGUCGCCUCUGGCCGAUUUCUGUCCCGGGCGUUCGAGUCCGGCUUGGACUCGGCCAAGGGUUUGAUCGGACUGUUGCAGGACGCACGCAAGGCUGGCUGCAUCUCGCACACAUCGUUCUACGGCUACUGUGCCAUCAUUUCUGGUACGAUUUUCAUCAUGAAUGCUCAUGCGGCUACAGGCGACGCCCAAGUGCGUUGUUUCGAACUCCUUCAGGAAACCACGUCAUUCAUCGAAGAUAUCAGUCGAUACUGGCAGAACGUCGCCACGAUGGCUCUCGCACUUGACGUGUUCGCGGCACAGACGUACCUGUUAAGCGAACUUGCCAGCGACAAGCCUGAGAUUCAGAUUCUCUCGCCCGCCGACACGGAGAUGCUGUGGUCCUUGGUCGACUAUAGCACGUUGUCCAACGGCAACAUCGCGCAACAGACGGCCAACGAGAGUCCGGACGAUAGUUUCUGGUUCAACAACAACUCCUCAUGGUACGAUCUAUUCAGCAGUCCCAGCGUUGCCCAGCUGGGGUUUGUAUCUCAGAGCGACUCGGUGGCUUUUACGACAGUCCCGGGCACCGACACCAGCACGACGGAAGAUAACAGGUUCAAUGCUACUCAGACGACAGAUCAAUGCUGA